AUGACCAACAUCAACAUCAAGAUCAUCUCGGACCCCGUCUGCCCUUUUUGUUACCUCGGCAAAGCCCGCCUGGACCGGGCUAUCGACUUGUACAAGAAGACGUACCCCGGCGGCAAGGACGACACCUUCAACGUCACAUGGUCGGCCUACUACCUCGACCCGACGGCACCCCCCAAGGGCGUGCCCGUCAAUGAGCGCAUGGCGGAGCGCUUCGGCGCCGAGCGGCUCCAUAUGAUGCACGAGCGCAUGAAGCAGAUGGGCGCCGCCGAGGGCUUGAACUUCACCUUUGGCGGCAAGGUCGGCCACACGCGCGACGCACACCGCACGAUUCAGCUAGCCAAGUCCAAGGGCCCCGAUGUCGAGAACGCCGUCGUGGACUCCAUCAUGAAGAGCUACUUUGAGGAGGACGGUGACGUGACGAGCUGGGACAUGAUUGUGGACGCGGCGGUCCGCGGCGGCCUCGAGAGGGACGAAGUGCGGAAAUGGCUCGAGGAGGGCAAGGGCGGACAGGAGGUCGACAAGCAGGUCGAGGAUGCGUACCGCAUGGGCGUGCGCGGGGUGCCGCACUUCGUCAUCAACGACAAGUACGAGAUCGGCGGCGCACAGGAUGCAGGCGAGUUUCUGAAGCAGAUUGUGGCGGCCAAGGAAAAAGGCGGCCAAGGGUCGAGCGGACAGACCGGACCGUCGUGUUGA